AGCAGUAGAAAAAUGAGCCCAGGGGAGCAACGAGUGCCAUCAUCACGUGUGCUCUAGCAAAUGGGCCAGUAGAAAAAUCAUCCGCCUCGGGACGAUCGACGAGAUGCUGCGUGCCGCGCGCGCACCAAGCGAAAGAAAACGCAAACCAGAUGGCGAACCGGGCCCGGAUGCCAGCCUCAGACGGCGAUCGCUGCCGCCGUCGUCCCCACCGGUGGUCGUCCUCCUCCCCACUUGCCAAGCUGUGCGCUCGCUCACUGUGCGAGACGGCCGCACCGCACUACCGUCCGCGAGCUCCGAGCCUCACCAACCUCGCGAACCGUAGUUAAUUAGCAGCUCGUGGCCUGUGACAGGCUGGCAGCUCAUCGGCAUCACUCGUCUUGCGAAAACCACCAAAGUAGAGUAGCUAGCUCAGUUCAUCAGGGUGGUGCGAGAGGUGCUGCCGCGCGCGGCCAUGGCGAUGCGGCGGGUCGUGGCGGCGGCGGCGCUGUUGGCCUGCGUCCUGCUGCCGAUGGCGGCGUCGCCGGUGAGCGGGCGCAACAUCACGGCCAUCCUCGACGGGUACAAGGAGUACAAGCUGUACAACAAGUACCUGUCGGAGACGAAGGUGUGCGACGAGAUCAACUCACGGCAGUCAACGUCGAUGACCAUCCUCGUGCUCUCCAACGACGCCAUGACCACGCUCGCCUCCGACGCCGGGGACUCGCUCCCCGCCAUCAAGAACGCGCUCCGCCUCCACUCGGUGCUCGACUACUACGACCGCAAGAAGGUCAAGAAGUACGGCGACGAGAGCGCCGCCACGCUCUACCAGGCCACCGGCGACGCCGCCAGCACCACGGGGAACGUCAAGGUCGUCGACCAGGAGGACAAGAACUACGGCUUCUCGGCCGCCACGCCCGGCGGCAGGAUCUGCACCGUCACCAAGGAGGUGGAGACCCACCCCUUCAAGUUCGCCAUCCUCGAGGUGACGGCGCCCAUCGAGUUCGACGGCCUCUUCGACACCCCGUCCACGUCCAACCUCACCCGGCUCCUCGAGCGCGCCGGCUGCAAGGUGUUCGCGUCGCUCGCCGCCCGCUCCGGCGUGCUCAAGACGUACGAAGCGGCCAUGGACAAGGGGCUCACCCUGUUCGCGCCCAACGACGACGCGUUCCAGGCCAAGGACGCGCCCGACGUCAAGAGCAUGUCCAGCGCCAACCUCACCAAGCUCCUCCAGUACAACGCGCUGCCGUCGUACUACACCAAGACGUCGCUCAAGUUCGUCAAGGGCACGCUCCGCACGCUGGCCACCACCAAGGCCGGCGUCACGGUGGUCGCCAAGGGCGACGACGUCUCCCUCGACACCGGCAAGAGCAAGUCCCGCGUGGCGGACACGGUCGUCGACAGCGUGCCCUUCUGCCUGCUCACCGUGGACAGCCUCCUGGUGCCGCCGGAGCUCUACGUCGGCGCACCGGAGGCCGCCCCGGCGCCGGCGCCCGCAGAGGCGCCACAGGGCUCUCCGCCCGCGACGCAGCCGGCGGACGCCCCGUCGGUGGCCGCGGACCACGCGGCGGACCACAAGACCAAGAAGCCGUCGUCCUCUGACGCCUCGCGGCCGAUCGGCGCGCUCGCCGCCGCGUGCUCCGUCGUGCUGGUGUCCCUGUUGUUGUGAUGGAGGGAGCUGAACGCGGGCAGCACAUUCAGAUUCAGCGUUGCCUGACAGCUCGCCUCCUUCACCAAACACAAUACUCCGUUUCGUUUCCCCUGUGAUCUUUUCCUCCGUCUUGUUCUCGAUCGGCCGUUCGUUGAUUGGAUUUGUUGCUGCAUUGCGAUUCCUCUGUGUAAUUUGAGCAAACACUGUAAAUUAUUUUCUCUUCCUAUUUUUCGUGAUAGUUUCAGAACACAUUCUCCGGUUGCAGAACAGCAUCCCCUGCAGAUGAUAAGUGUCUCUCUGCAGCAAGUAUUCAUUCAGACUUCCAACACCUCCUCUGAAGUCUGAAACUCUGAAUAUUUUAUUUCCGAUU